AUGUUCCUCUCUAAUAUAUGGAAGAGAGCGCUUCACUACAAGCAGACACCAAAGUCAUACCCUAAGAUCAAUGUCAAGGACGUCGUGUUGGACAAACCCAGAGUUGGGUUCAGAAAGGAAAGGGAACCAUUGAUCUCCCAAUCGGUCACCGACACCUUGUUUCCCAACACCGAGAUCAAGAAGAGAUAUAUCGAAGCAGGCAAGCCAGUGCCAAUAAAGUACAGAUCCAACAGCGAUGCCAUCGCCAGAAGAAACUACGAGAAGUACCAGGAGGAAGUGAUGACUGGGCAACCCCAUUUCAGAGUAGGUGAAAACAAGAUUUACUUCCCUAGUGGAAGAAUCUGCUUGCUCAGACCCAACGCCAAGCACACACCAUACCAGGCCAAGUUCUUGGUGCCAAAGAGCAUGAACAAGAUGGACUUGAGAGACUACUUGUGGAACGUGUACGGAUUAAGAGCAUUAAACGUCACUGUGCAAUUACUUCACGGUAGAUUCCAAAGAGAUGCAUUUGCAUACGCUCGUUACAGAUUGCCACAAUACAAGAAAAUGACCGUGGAUAUGGCUGAGCCAUUCAUUUGGCCUGAGGUUUCUCCAGAAUUAGUGGAACAAGCCGAAAACGAUUACAGAAACGAAGUCAAGGUCAUCGAACUGAAGAACGGUAGGGGCUCAGACUUAUUGAAACCAAUUGAAGGUUUCGACGGCAUGUACGCCUCUCCAGAAUUGCCAGAUGCCUUCGUUAGUCGUAAGUGGAGAAAACAAGGAGAAACUGAUGUGCAGAAACACACUGCUCAAGUUGAAGAGAAGACUGAAAAGGACUUGGUGGGCAAGUUCUUGGGUCUUUAA